GCCAGGUGGGGAGUAUGUCGUUUCUGCUGCGGCAGCAUCGUUCGACGUGAGCCGCGCGCGGUACGAUAUCGGCAGGAAUCGCGCUAAAUGACUUGGAUUUUGUUGUGGUGAAAACUUUGAGGGUGAUUUGUUGUAAAAGUAGAUUGGCUGUUUGGAUUUGCAUUGUUUUGAUGGUCGUCGAAUCGAAAUAUCAGAUGAGCCCGACCUUCCCACCCUGCUGCUUAGCUCCACAAUGUUUAUGAGAGGGGGAGCCUGAAUAGAGAGACGGGGGAAGCUCUUGCAUGAGAGAGCAUGGAGCUGAGGUUGAGCCUGUGGUGGAUGCUGUCAAUGACAGCCCUUUGCGGCGCAGUGGAUCCUUCUCAAUGUAUCGCACCACUAGGCAUGGAAAAUGGAUUGAUUAAGGAUUCCGAAAUAACUGCUUCCUCAUCGUUUGACAGUGGCAAUGUUGGACCCCAGCACGGACGUGUGAGGACGGACAAAAAUGGCGGUGCUUGGUGUCCUCAGCGUCAAGCUACCGCCGAGCCGGAAGAAUGGAUUCAGAUCGACCUGAAGACGGUGCAUGUCAUCACUGCCACCGAAACGCAGGGUCGAUUCGGCAACGGACAGGGCAUAGAAUACGCCGAAGCAUACAUGUUGGAGUAUUAUAGGCCCCGGCUGCAGAAGUGGAUUCGGUAUCACAACUUCAAAGGAGAAGAGGUGAUACAAGGCAACAUCAACCCCUAUCUCGAAGCCAAACGACAACUGGAUCCUCCGUUAUGGGCGAGCAAAAUCCGAUUCUACCCGUACAGUUUCCACAAAAGAACUGUAUGUAUGCGGGUGGAAUUGUACGGUUGCAGAUGGACCGAUGGUCUGGUUAGUUACACCAUGCCGCAGGGUGAUAAAAGAGGUGCUAAUUGGGAAUUCUAUGAUUUUGGAUACGACGGUUUCUGGGAUGGCAACGAAUUGAAACACGGCCUAGGCCAACUGACAGACGGAAAAUUUGGCCACGAUGACUUCAAAACCGACCUGUACGAAGGCCAGACGUGGGUGGGCUGGAAGAACGACACCCGCCACAAACCCGUAGAACUCAAGUUCGAGUUCGACAAAGUCCGAGAGUUCUCCGCCGUGCACAUUUACUGCAACAACCAGUUCACCAAAGACGUCCAAGUCUUCUCAUCGGCUAAAGUGUUGUUCAGCAUCGGUGGUAAAAGAUUCAACAGGGGUGAACCUAUAACUUUCGAAUACAUGGAAGACAAAAUUUUCGAAGAUGCCCGAAAUAUCACUAUCAAACUGCAUCAUAGAGUAGGAAAGUACGUUAAGUUACAGUUGUUCUUUGCUUCGAAGUGGAUUAUGGUGAGCGAGGUUUCGUUUGAGUCGGUUGUUUCGCAUGGAAAUUUCACUCCUGAGCCUGAACCAACGACCACGCCUCACGUGAGGUUAUCUUCUGAGCACGAGCACAAAAUGGAGAUUCCUGUACCGACUGAUGUGAAUGAGCCAAUGUUAAUAGCUGUAGUACUGAUCGGGAUUACGCUGGCACUACUUGUGUUAGGAGGCAUCGUUUUGGUAAUCAGACUGAAAAGAAAGAAGUACCUGAGGAGUCCCAACAACUCCAAUCUGGGCUUCCCCAAUGGGACUUUACCCACCCACAUGCACAGUUCUGACGGCCUUUACAGCGUUCCAGAAAAAGACGGACACAGAAUUGAGGCUUAUGGCGUGACAGAACUGAACAGUUCAAAUGAUGAGUGCUAUAAGAAGUGCUACGGUGGUGGAUCAACAAAAUCUAGCUUAAGAUCCACGUUACCUUUACCACAUCCAGAAGAGAACGCCUACCAAGAACCGUAUCAGGCAAUGAAAUUUGCACCUUACUAUAGUUAUAGUCCUGUUGUUAUGGAAAUGACAGGAGGCAACAAAAGCCAAAGCCAUUGUGAUAAUUAUGAUUAUGCUAUACCAGAAGGCAAUACUCUGCCCUUGCUGUCAGGGUCUGAUCAGAACACUUUGCCAAUGAUCAGAGGUAGAUUAAGUAGUAAUUCGUGUCAGAAUUCGAAGAACAAUCAGAGAGUUUCUUUGAGAAGUACUAGAAGUGAAGGUGCUGAGGCCAAACGUUCUCCAACACAACAGGAUGCCUUGGCUAUAUUGAGAAAACGACUCGAAGAAACCUCAAUUCCGGAAUUUCCAAGGCAUCGACUCAGAAUGCUGUCGAAAUUGUCGGAAGGUGCUUUUGGGACGGUGUAUAUAGCUGAGGCUGAUGGCAUUGCUGAAUAUCCUUCAGGAACACUGGAUAGCAGAUUGGUAGCUAUAAAGUUUCUGGGUGAUAAUGCCACAGAAAAAGAAAAGAAAGACUUCCAUAGAGACGUGCGAAUCCUGGCAGCUUUAGACGACGAGAACAUAGCUCGCGUCCUGGGAAUUUGCAGUGAGGACGAGCCACUCUGUGUCGUGAUGGAGUACAUGGAACAUGGCGAUCUCUGCCAGUUCCUCAAGAUCCACGUCACCAGCGAGACCACGUCGAGUCUACCGUUCGGCGUGAAAUCGCUCAGCUUCAACUGCUUGCUCUACAUAGCGACGCAAAUCGCCAGCGGCAUGAGAUACUUAGAGACGCUCAAUUUUGUACAUCGUGAUUUGGCAACGAGAAAUUGCUUGAUAGGAAAAGCUUAUCAAAUAAAAAUAUGCGAUUAUGGUACUUACAACGAGCUGUACGUCAACGAUUACUACAAAGUAGAUGGUAAUACACCGUUGCCAAUACGGUGGAUGUCUUGGGAAGCGGUGUAUCAGAUGAAGUAUACGACGAAAAGUGACGUGUGGGCAUUCGCUGUAACUUUAUGGGAGAUUCUCACGUUGUGUAGGAAACAACCUUACGAUUCACUUACUGAUCCAGAAAUAAUGGAAAAUCUGGCAAGGCUUCAUUGUGACGACAAACAAUACAAAUAUCUUCCCAGGCCUUCCAGCAACAAGGACAUCUACGACCUGAUGCUCGAGUGUUGGAGAAGGGUGGACAAGGACAGACCCACCUUCAGAGAGAUCCACAUGUUCCUGCAGAGGAAGAACUUGGGGUACGCCCCUGUGUGAGCCCACGGGCGUACCGACCGCAAUAAAUUAUAUAGAUAUUAUUAUGAAUAACUUAAUCGCUUCAUUCCUGAGCAAUAGAGCGGAGGGCCGAGGGUUGCUAGCGUCAUCCUAGGCCCUCUCAGAUUAAUUGUACACGACGGGAUCAAUGUUCUUGUAUAUACUACACAGGGUGAUAACUGUUUUCUAUACUUUUAUUUUGGUUUUUGUAGACAUGUACUUGGUUUCUUUGAUGAAUAUGUCACUGUUAAUUCUCUAAACAAUCAGUUUUUAUAGAGGGUCCGGCAAUAGUGCGUUGGGCAUCUGUAGCUCCUAGAAUAAAAAACUUGGGAAUAUUUUAUUGGAAUAAUUUACAGGGUUGUCAAAAUUUAAUUUGUUUCACUUAAAAUGCAAAAUACACAUUAGGGUGUCCGUUAUUUACAAAGUUGAUUGUUUCUCUCACGACGCGACGCCCUCUAAAUUUUUAGUUUAUUGUCUAAAAAAAUAACAGACCUUUGUAAACCCUUAAUAUUCACAAUAAACCUUGUCCCAAAAACGAUUCUAUUUCCCAUUUAAUUACAUAGGAAUUUGUCACUUUUUGCAAAUAUUUUUUUUUUCGAUCUUGUUUUUCUCGGUCUUGUAUAAGUGUAUCAUCUGCGUACCUUAACUUUGUUAUUUGUUUACCGCCUAUAGUGAUACCGCCGUUAUAGUCUUCCAUAACUUCCCUCAUUAUAGAUUCGCCACAUAUAUUGAAGAGUAAGGGAGAUAAAAUGCAUCCCUGGCGCACACCCGCCUCCAAGUCAAAUGCAUCUGAAAUGGUGUUAUUUAUUCUUACUUUUCCUCUGCUGUUCUCGUACACACCUCGGAUCAGCUGGAUAAGGUGUUGAGGGACUCCCAUGUUUUCUAGUACAGACCAAAGUUUGCUCCACUUAAUACAAUCAAAUGCUUUGCUGUAGUCCACGAAACACAGAUGAGUCGGGAUGUUAAACUCAUACGCUUUCUCAAUAAUUUGUCGGACGUUUAAUAUUUGCUCUUUAGUACCUUUGCCGGGCAUGAAACCUAUUUGCUCUUCAGAUAUUUCUUUUAGAAUAAAUUAUUUUAGACGGCUAUUGAUAAUGUGUAGCAGUACUUUGCUAGUGUGAUUGAUAAGCGCUAUCGUUCUAUAAUUAGCGCAGUCAGUAGGGCAGCCUUUCUUGAAAAGUGGUAUAAACUAGUAGUGGGAACUAUCGAAUGAAUACUAUCGAAACAUUCGAUAGUUGCAAUUCAUUCGAAUAAUUCGAUAGCUAGUAAGAAAACAUUCAUUG